GGGAUCACAUCUCUUCAGCCCUCACCUUCUCUUUCAAAACCUCUCUCUCUCUCUCUCUCUCUCUCUUGGUGAAAGAAAUGGCUUCCUCUAAGUUAGUGGCUUUUCUAGCUGUGCUUGUGGUACUGCUUCCCAUGUCUGCACUAGGAGCAAAUAAUACUGAUCCUUUCUUAGCAAGGGUGUGUGAAGAAGUGGAAUGUGGAAAGGGAACUUGCGUAGCAGAUCUAAGUUACCCACUUGGUUUCCAGUGUCAAUGCGAUCAAGGUUGGAAGCGUAAUGAUGAUGGUUAUGCGGAUCUCGCAUUUCUUCCCUGUGUGAUACCUAAUUGUACUUUGAAAUACUCUGGGUGCCAGCCAACCCCUCCUCCAGUUCCAGAAAAAACGAAUCCAUACAACCUAUCUGCCUUUGACCCUUGCUACUGGUCCUAUUGUGGACUAGGGUCAUGUACCCGGAACCAGACAUAUAGACAUCUCUGUACAUGCCAGUCGGGUUCUUAUAAUCUUCUCAACAUAUCAGUCUUCCCAUGCUACAGUGAAUGUACACUUGGAUCGGAUUGUGCAUCGCUUGGGAUUAAAGUUUCAAAUAGUAGUUCUUCAGGUGGAAGUGGGACUAGUCAAGCAAACUCAUUUCUGCCAGGAAAUUUCCAUUGGAUGACUCUAUUGAUGGUGUCAGUGGGUCUGGUCUUCUGGAAGUAGUAGGUUGCAUAGUAUUACAUGAAGAUCUAGCAAGCUUGUCUCUCCUAUACGGCUUCUAGUUCCAUCAUCACAUAUAGUGCGAGAUAUUUGACAUACACAUAUACGUAUACAAAUUCAUUUGGAGCUUUUGUUUUUGUCUGAAUCAUAUGGAGCAUUGUUGUUUUCAUUUUUCUCCUGCAUUUUUAUGUACAAAGCUUGUAUUAAUAAGUCUGAAACACAGUCAUGGGUGGAGAAUGGCUGCUGUAUAGAAGACAGUAGAAUAAAAAUUAGGAUUAUCUGUAGUUGUUUUGUCUAUUAAACACUGAUGUGCAUACAUCAUCAUUUAUUUAUAUAUUUAUUGGAACUUAGCUUA